AUGACGCUAGUUAAGUUUUGUCCAUAUUACUUUAACAGGUGUAUUGACUGCAUUAUUGGUUACUGUUUUCAGGUACAUGGCCAUGGUGACUAUGAUUCUGAUUUUAGUGAUGAGGAAAAUGGAGAAAAGUCUGUGCAAAAGACUAGAAGUAUACAGGAAGGUGACCUUCUGGUCAAGCCAUUCCAAAAACCAAAACAAAGCAAUGUGGCUCACAGACAAGUUGCAGCUGAAGAAUGGGAUAGGGAAGAAGCAAGAAAAAGAAGAUUUCAUUUGAUAGCUAUGGAUGCUUAUGAAAGACAUAAAAAGUUUGUGAAUGACUACAUUUUAUACUAUGGUGGCAAAAGGGAGGAUUUCCGACGUUCCAGAGCAAAUGACAAGACGGAUCUUGAUGUUAUAAGAGAAAACCAUAGAUUCCUGUGGAAAGAAGAUGAUGAAGUAGACAUGAAUUGGGAGAAGAGGCUUGCGAAGAAGUAUUAUGAUAAAUUAUUCAAAGAAUACUGUAUAGCAGAUCUUAGUAGAUACAAGGAGAAUAAGUUUGGAUUUAGAUGGCGACAUGAGAAAGAAGUAGUUUCAGGAAAAGGUCAGUUUUCCUGUGGAAAUAAGCACUGUGAUGAGAAAGAAGGCCUGAAGAGCUGGGAGGUGAAUUUUGGUUACGUUGAGCAUGAUGAAAAGAGAAAUGCCCUUGUGAAAUUGAGACUGUGUCCAGAAUGUUCCUACAAACUUAACUUUCAUCACCGGAGGAAAGAAGUCAAGCCAAAGAAGAAAAGAGGCACAGCUGUAUUGAACUCUAAAGAACCAAAAGUUAAGAAGACAAAAUUAUCUUGUUCAACAAAAAGCAAGUCCAAAAAAAAGACCCAUAAAGAUCAGGUUUCUUCAGAAGAUUCAGAUAGUUCUGAUAAAGAUUCAGGUAACAGUGAUGUGCAAGAUGGUCCUUCAGAUGCAGACUUUUGGAAAGGUCCUCUGCAAGAGCCAGAUGAAAAAUCACGGGAGGAGGAAUUUGAUGAGUAUUUUCAAGACUUGUUUCUCUGAAACUUGAAAUGGAUGUAGGCUGAUUUUCUUCCUGGCGCAUCAAGAUGAGUACCUGGAAAUCCAGUCAUAUUUAAGGACCAGAGACUUUUUGCUUUCUACCAGUGUACCGUUUCUACAGUCACUCCAUAUGGACCAUCUGGGUGGAGUAUCUUUGUAGAAGGAUUCAGGCCUAAAAACUUUCUUUUUCUUAUUGUAGCCUGUAUACUCAUGGAAUACAAGAAAUAAUCUGUUCAGUUGAGUGUAAAAGAUAUUGCACCCUAACUUAAAAAGAGGAAGGAUGUAAACAAAUAAGAAUGUAGUUUAUUGACAGUGCAUCACAGAAUUUGGCUGCUUUUUAUUUUAUCCCCAACUUUAGUUUUUGCCAGAGUUGUUUAAGAGAAGUUUUGGAAGAGUCUAUUAGCAGUUUAUAAUCAUAGACUUUAAUGUAUUAAUAUUUUUAAUUUACUAAACAGGAGUUAAUAGACUUAAAUUUAUUGGUCAUGUGGUCUUUAAUAUUCAGAUAUUAGUCUGUGUAAGUAUUUUUAAAUGCUAUUAGGGAAGUUCAGUUUUUAAUCGAGUAUGUCUUUCACUUGAAUUAAGUAAAUAUCUGAAACGCCUUCCCUACUCCUUAGUCACCUUUAGUUCGUUAUGACAUUGUUUUAUAUUUUAUUUAUCAUAUGAUAUGACUAAUAAUCCCACUCAUUAAUAAAAAUGCAGUUACCUGUUUAAAUUUUUGAUUUAAUACAUAAAACGUGUGGCUUGCUGCUGGAGAUGUACACGUGGUUUGUUAUCUGUGGUUUCUGAUCUCCUUAGCAUUGAAUAAAUGUUAAUCCUUCCUUGAAGUGUAAUCCUAAAUAUACAAGUAAAGAAUGUAUAUUGCUUGAGAAUCUUAGUGGGUUUAUUUUCCUAUUCAAAUUGCAACACAACUUUAAACAUUUUUUUGUAUGUUUCCAAAGAAACAGUCUGCACAUUAAUAGUUACAGGGACCAUUUUCUUUGUCAGAUGAAAAUUACUUUGGAUAUGAAGGACAAAUUUGUUUUGAAUUAAAUGUUCAUGUUAAACAAUCUGAAGAAAGUUAAUGUUGUAUAAAAUAUAUUUUUGAUAAAUACUUUCCACUGUAGAUGUCACAAUAAAUAUUUGAUGUGGAAAAAGUAACAGUAGAGGUGGUUGCAGUGUAUUUAUGAACAUAUUAUUACAUGCAGUCACGUGAAUAUCAAUAGAGAACUCUAUUUACAAGUAAUAUUAAUUACAUUUUUAACAGUUUGUACUUACAUAAUAGAUGACAGUACAAGGACGCAUUUAGGGUGUCCUUGAGUAACAAAUAAACGUAGGCUUGUACGAAGGCUUCUUUAGGUAAGAAGAUGGAUUUAAAGGUUAAUUCUCUGUCAUCUUGCAAGCAUGGUUGAGAGCCAAAUCCAAUCUGCAACAAUCUGCUUACAUGCAUGCAACUUGCCUGAAGGGGCCUUUGUAGAAUGUGUUGCCGUAUCUAUUGCUGCAAGUAUUGUACAUUAGGCAUGUGUUCUGAGUAACUAACUCCUCUUUGGGUCUUCAAAACACAGUUAUAAAAUGGUACAGUAUACAUAUUAAAUACAUCAUUUAAUACAGUUUGAAUAAAAUUAUAUAAUGAAACAA